ACAAGCUUAUUUCAGAGCGAACUUCGAGUGAAUCUCUCACAGCGUUUGAGAACAGGAAAAUGGCUGAGGCUAGAAUUUCAGUAGAUCAGGAUCAGUUCAGCUGUCCAAUUUGUCUGGAUCUACUGAAGGAUCCGGUGGCUAUCCCCUGUGGUCACAGUUUCUGUAAGGUGUGUAUUAAUGACUGCUGGGAUCAGGAAGAUAAGAGCGGAGUGUAUCGCUGUCCACAGUGCAGAAACACUUUCACUCCAAGGCCUGAUCUACACAGAAACAACAUGCUGGCUGAAGUGGUGGAGAAACUGAAGAAUUCUGAAGUCCAAUCUGCUUCUCCUGCUGACUGUUACGCUGGACCUGGAGAUGUGGCAUGUGAUUUCUGUACCGGGAGAAAACGCAAAGCCGUCAAGUCCUGUCUGACGUGUCUGGCCUCCUUUUGUGAAACUGAUCUGAAACCUCACUAUGAAGUUCCUGCUUUCAUAAAGCACGAGUUAGUCGAAACGACUGGAAAUCUACAAGAGAAGAUCUGCUCUGAGCAUGAUAAGCUUGUUGAGAUCUACUGUCGUACUGACCAAAGAUGCAUCUGCGUUUUGUGCAAAAUGCACGAACACAAAGACCACAAUACAGUUCCAACUUCAACCGAAAGAAACAAGAAACAGAGUGAGUUAAAGAAGGAGCAGAUGAAAUCAAAGCAGAGAAUCCAGGAGAAGCAGAAGAAGGUGGAGGAGCUGAAAAAGGCUGCAAACAAUCUUAAGCGCAGUGCACAGACAGCAGUCGAUGGCAGUGAGAGGAUCUUUACUGAGAUGAUCAGCUCCAUGGAGAAAAGGCGCUCGGAGGUGACGGAGCUGAUCAGAGCUCAGGAGAAGGCUGAACUGAGUCGAGCUGAACGACUCCUGGAGCAACUGGAGCAGGAGAUCGCUGAUCUUCAGAGGAGAGUCACUGAGCUGGAGCAGCUUUCACAAACACACGAUCACAUCCAUUUCCUCCAGCGUUUCCAGUCUCUGUGUGCCGCUUCUGGAAAAGACGACUCACCCAGCAUCUCCGUCGAUCAACAUCUCACAUUCUAUGGAGUGAGGAAAUCUCUCUCUGAUUUGAAAAAGAGACUCGAGAAAUUCUGCCAGAAGGAAUUCAUCAAACUCCCUGAACAUGCUGCAGUAGUUCAGAUGAUCUUACCCCCACAGAGCAGAGAAGAUUUGCUGAAGUAUUUCUGUACAUUGACAUUGGAUCCCAAUACAGGACACCGUUCCUUUAUUCUGUCUGAGAAGAACAGAGUAGUGACGCGUAAUGAGAAAGCCCAGAGAAUCUCUGAUCAUCCUGAUAGAUUUGACAAUUAUGCUCAGGUGUUGAGUAAGGAGAGUGUGUGUGGAUGCUGUUACUGGGAGGUGGAGUGGAAAAGUGAGGACUCUGUGUACAUAUCGGUCUCUUAUAAAGAUAUUAACAGGAAGGGGUGGGGUAAUGAGUGCCUGUUUGGACGCAACAAGCAGUCCUGGACUCUGGUGUGUUCGUCUUCCACUCUAUCUUUCUGGCACAAUAAUUUGGAGACUGAUCUUGGAGGUCCACCAUCCUCCAGAAUAGGAGUGUAUGUGGAUCAUGGUGCAGGAACUCUGUCCUUCUACAGUGUCUCUGACACGAUGAAGUUCCUCUAUAGAGUCCACACCACAUUCACUCAGCCCCUAUAUGCUGGGUUCAGGAUCUGGGAUUCUGGAACCGUGAGGUUAUGUGACUCAAAAUAAAGCAUCUGUGGUGCAAUCUGGUUAAACAUAAGAAGCUAAACUAUUCAUAGACAUUGUCCGAUUAUUCAUAUAUACAUUAUAUAUAUGUAUGUAUUAUUUUAAAAUAGAAAAAAGGAUAGGAAAGUACUAGGCUUGUGUGUGGGAACGAAAACACUAGGUUUAACACUAAUCGAGAUGUGAUGUAAUGAACACAUGAACCAGUGUUUCUGUCCCUUUAAUGAGAGGAGCAGAGGUGGAAAAUAUUGUGAAGAUGGAAGAAGGCUGAUUUGUUGAGCUGUGGGUGGAGCAACUGCCAGCACACAGUGAUGCACCCGGUCAGGUUGGUCUCUACGAUAUAGUGGUAGACGUAGGUGAGGGUUUUACGGUACAGACACAAGUUCUUCAGCUUCUGCAGUCCCUUUCAGGCAGACCUUAUGAGCUUCUUGGUGUGGAAGAACCAAGUGAGGUUAUUGGUGAAGUGAACAUUGAGGAACUUGAAGUCCACAUCAAGCUCUGUUGAUGUGUAAGGGUGUGUGUGAUUACUAGUUCUGAUUAUUGGGUGGGUUACCUCCCCCUUAUCCCUCCAUGGAAACUACACCCCUAUGAGCUCCACUGCUACUAAAUCACUGCUGUACCAAGGAGUUCAAAUACAUGUUACUCUGCCAUCUACUGGUCAUUUACGAUUGGGCAACAUGGAUCCACACAGUUCAACCUCUGUUCUUAAUUCAAACCAUCCAACAUUUAAAAUACAAGUAUGAAAGUUUUAUUCUCUGAAAUACUAUUUUGUUUUCAUAUGUAUUGCAGGGUAUAGUCGCAGUUUAGUUUUCGUUUAUUUGGAGACAUACAUUUUUGUUUUUAUUUCAGUUAACGCGAAUGGUUUCUCACUGAUAGUUUUAGUUUUUGUCAUAGUUUUUGUUAAUGAUAAUAACUUUGGUGUACUUUCCACUGGGACUACCUGUAGUCUGCUAUCAUUUCCUUCAUUUUGCUGAUGUUAAGAGAGAGUUUGUUCCCAUGACGCCACUGUGAUACAGCUCAGACAGGACUAGUGUGGAACUGGUGCUCUGGACAUCUUACAGCUUAGUAGGAAUUAUUCACCUCAGAGUGAACAUAGAGCAUGUGUUGAGCCCAACUGCAAGUGAUGUGGACAUGCUCACAUGGUUUUCCUUCCUUUUUCGCCUGUUAUUGAGAGCAGGCCACUCCACAUACAUUCUCUCUCUCUCUCUCUCUCUCUCUCUCUCUCUCUCUCUCUCUCUCUCUCUCUCUCUCUCUCUCUCUCUCUCUCUCUCUCUCUCUCUCUCUCUCUCUCUCUCUCUCUCUGUCAGUGUGUGAGUUUAGGAAAAUGGCCGAGGCCGGUAUUUCAGUAGAUCAGCUUUCAGUGGAUCAGUUCAGCUGUCCAGUGUGUCUGGAUCUACUGAAGGAUCCGGUGACUAUCCCAUGUGGUCACAGUUUCUUUAAGGUGUGCAUUAAUGGCUGCUGGGAUCAGGAAGAUAAGAAGAUAUGUUGUUGGAAGAUAAAUUCUUUUAGGAGAUUUUAAUGUUAUAAACGUGAUUUUUUUUUUUUUAACUAUCAGAAUAUUAUUUCGUUUGUGAAUAUAUGUCUUCUUAUGGUUUUGUUUAUUUAUAUAAAAAAUAAUUAUAAUAAUAGGCAUAAAAAGUAUAUUAAAGCAAAUAAACAAUAACUGUACACACUCCCAUACAAUAAA